CAGGAAGCCUCUUCCUCAGACAUGCUGCUGCUGCUACUGCUGCCCCUGCUGUGGGCAGGGGCCCUGGCUAUGGAUCCAAAUAUCUGGCUGCAAGUGCAGGAGUCAGUGACGGUACAGGAGGGUUUGUGCGUCCUCGUGCCCUGCACUUUCUCCCAUCCCAUACUCUACCACACCAGGAAUUCCUCAGUUCAUGGUUACUGGUUCCGGGAAGGAGCCAUUGUAUCCUGGGACUCCCCAGUGGCCACAAACAAGCUAGAUCAAGAAGUACAGGAGGAGACUCAGGGCCGAUUCCACCUCCUUGGGGAUCCCAGUAGGAACAACUGCUCCCUGAGCAUCGUAGAUGCCAGGAGGAUGGAUAAUGGUUCAUACUUCUUUCGGAUGGAGAGAGGAAGUACGGAACACAGUUACAUAUCUACCCAGCUCUCUGUGCAUGUGACAGCCCUGACCCACAGGCCCAACAUCUUCAUCCCGAGGACCCUGGAAUCUGGCCACCCCAGGAACCUGACCUGCUCUGUGCCCUGGGCCUGUAAGCAGGGGACGCCCCCAAUCUUCUCCUGGAUGUCAGCUGCCCCCAUCUCCCUGGGUCCCAGGACCCUCCACUCCUCAGCGCUCACGAUCAUCCCAUGGCCCCAGGACCACGGCACCAACCUCACCUGUCAAGUGACGUUCCCCGGAGCUGGUGUGACCACGGAGAGAACCAUCCAGCUCAGUGUCUCCUGGAAAUCAAGGCCUGUGACAAACGUGGUUCUGGUGGCCAUUGGGGAGGCUGCUGUGAAGAUCCUGCUUCUCUGCCUCUGCCUCACCUUCCUCAGUGUGAGGUCCUGCCGGAGGAAGGUGGCAAAGGCAGCAGCAGCUGUGGAGGCUGAAAACACUGCCAUGGGCUAAUCUCUCAGCACAGGCCUCCAGACUCUGCUUCCAGAUGCCUCCUCGUCCAGUGCCUCCACAGUCUGAACAGCCUUGUCUCCUUGUUUCCUCUCCACUGCUGGAGAACACCACCGUCUGGACUGAAGGCCUUGCACGGUCCGUCCUCCACUGGACUCUCCUGAUCCCUCCUUUCUCUGUGUCACCCAAAGUCUCCCCACACCCACUGGGCCAAGCCCUCUAUGACUCUGAGACUU